AACGAAACCAUAAUGGCGAUGAAAGAUGGUUAGUGGGGUUGGGAGUAAACACGAGCCCGUGGCAAGUUGCGCUUUGUGCUGCUGCUUCUUCGUCGCCGUCUCGAUCGGCGGGCCUUCGCCUCUCCUCUAAUCGCCUCUUCCUUCCUCACUCCGCCACGGAUCCCUUUGGCCUCCUCUCCUCCCCCUUCGUCUUCUCCUUCUCCGUCUCCAUGGAUUAUUCCAUUGCGGGGAAGCGGAGUUCCUCGCCUGCCCCUCCUAUCGCCCACGCCGCCUAGGGUUCAAGUGAUCGACGCAAUUUUCCGACACCGCUGAUCCGGAACGGCUUCAUGGAAGGUAGUCGCGGUGUCUUUUGAAGGGGAAGGGGAAGGUGAAGUGAAGUGGGGAAUAGUCGGGGGAAGAAUCAUGAUCUCGCCGGGGCUUAACUUGGUGAUGACGGUGAUCGGAUUCGCGGUGAGCACCAUGUUCAUAGUGUUCGUUUGCACCCGUCUCAUCUGCGCUAGAAUUCACCUCAGGAACUCCAGAAUGGCUCUCCCUGCUGCUGCGGCCGCCGCCAGAUCCGACCUCGGCAUGCUUGAACGUGGGAUCCAUGGGUUGGAACCAGUUGUGGUCGCUAGCUUUCCAACAAAGAAAUUUGGUGAUCAGUUGAUUUCAUCCGGACGAGAAACACAGUGCACAGUUUGUCUCGCGGAAUACCAAGAGAAGGAUGUUCUGCGCAUUCUUCCAUUUUGUGGGCAUACAUUCCAUGUCACUUGCAUAGACAUAUGGCUGAAACAACAUUCAACAUGUCCUGUAUGUAGAAUUUCAUUGCGAGAUUCUCCUGAUCGGAAGCGUGCUCUGCAACCUCUCAACAGUCCAGCCAUCAGAGUCUUCUCUUCCCCAGAGACUUUUGUUUCAGAUCCAUGCCAGGAUCAGUUUGCACAGGUGGACUAUUCUUCAAGGGUGGCAGAAAACGCAUGCCCAUCGCCUCAGGGAGACCAGCUGACGUCAUUGCCGUCAGGAUCCACAUGACAAUUUCUUCUUGCUUUCAACUGUGUUCCAUAUAAAGUGAAAAGAAAGUAUCUGAAGAGUCCAUCAAAUUGUUUGCGACUCAAAUAACAGGAAAUAGGACAUGCCUGAAAUUGAUCUCCAUGCCAGUUAAAUAGGGAUUGAAGGGGUCCAGGAGCUAACACCUUAUUCAUCCAACUGUUUGCAAUAAGCUGACUGCUGCUUCUCAUUUAGAAGAUCGUGGAUAAAUCUGUAUAAUGGGUGAUUUUAGUAUUCUGUCAUGGAAUCAGGAGUUAAUGAUUUCUAGUAAAACUGUUCAACCUUUCCUUAAUGAAGAGUUUGUCUUUUACCUGUACAGAAA